AUGGAAGUGUAUAAAUGCAAAAUUCUCUUUGACGGCUCCGGCAUGUCACUGAUCGACUCAAUUAAGAAGUUACUUGUAUGCUCGCCUAUAAUAUACACAAACACUGCUAUUGAAAAUAGUUUGGUUGGCAUUUUGAAGCCAAUGGAUGUGCACACCGGCGUCGAGAUAAGGCUGUUGCCCAACACCGAGAUAUUACUUGGGAAGUUCUGCAACGUCCUUGAAUCUUCUGCAACUGAAGUCGCAAAAUUUUGUGUUGGAAACCAACCUCCUAUUGGGUAUGAAAACACCAAUACAGCGAUUAACGAAAAGCCGUACGACUUGAGGAGUUUUAAUUCAAGUGGGUUGCAUUUAAAACGGAUAGUUAUAUGGAGUGAGCAGAUUGGCGGGGUGAACACUUCGGAAGUACUUUUUCCAACAGUUUGUGAUAUUGAAGAUGUUGUAUUUGAAAACGUUAAAGUUGUGAUAAUAAACAAAUAUGAACACGUGAAGUACUUAGCGUUAAAGAACACGAAUUUGUCUUGGAGGAGUUCUUAUAUAAAAAAUGAGUUCUUGUUUUGUCAUUUGGAAGAGUUAACAAUUUGGUCUGUCACUGGACUGAGUCUUCCCAAAAUAGAUUCGUUGAGGAAAUUGAGUUUGAAUAUGGUCACCAAUUCAAAAUUUGAUAUUACAGAGGAAUGCAUUGCAGCAUUGAAAGUCGAGAAUUGCACGAACAUCUCGUUGGAGUUUGAAGUAACACGAACGAAUGAGAUGCUCAUAUCGAAUGUGACACAAGUACAAAUAUUCCCACAUUGCGAUGACGAUGAAUGUUAUUUGUCACUGAUAUUUAUUGAGUGUUAUGGUAUACAUUUGGGAUAUAUCAAACACCUCAACACACUCCGUUUUGUAAAGUGUGCGAAUAUCAAUUUGAAGAAUGUCCCCAAGUGUGAAUCUUUGGUGAUUCAAGACUCCAAAAUGAAAGACAAAUAUGGCAAAUUGAUUGAUGAAAUUGAGUCUGAACGAAUAAGUCUGUAUGAUAUGAAACUUGACACCUAUGCUAAAUUCCGAAGUGCUAAAAUACUUGAAUUUUUCAACUUAAAAAAUAGCAACUUUUCAGUGGAGACGACUGUGUGUGAGGAAUUGUUAAUUUGGUAUUGUGAGUCAUGCAGAUUCCAAUUGGAACCAUGUAAACUGAAAAAACUUCGGUUGGAGAGGAACACUGAAAUCUGUGUCGAUGCCGAUUUUAGUAGUAUUGAAAUAUAUGAAGAUAACACUCUUGUGGAAGAACAAGAUUCCUACCUAUUUGCACCUAAAAGGGUGUUUGUCUCAAGCUUCGAAAGACCGAAACUUGUCGACUAUUCACAACAAUGUGACGACAACUUAAAAUCGGAGAUCAUCGACCAAAGUAGUGUGGCUUUGACUAACAUUGGAUAUCGCGAAAUACAUUUAGUCAUCAAUUUUGUGGUCAAUUUUACGUUGGACAAGUUCGUCAAUAGAAAGUUUCCAAUUGAAAAUGUGGCGUUUGGGAGUCUGACAAUUUCAAAUUGCAGGUUUUAUACAACGCACAUAGUGGAAGACGAUAUUAACACCCACAAAAAGUUACACUCGGAACUCGACAAAACAGAAACGACGGCAUCAAAUGAUAUUGCGAAUAUUCUGGAAGUGAAAAGACUUAAAAUAGUACACAGCAACUGCGUGUUUCUUUUAGUUGAUUCAACACCCGAGAAAAUCUCUGUGAAUUACUCCAGUGUGUGUCUUGGUUUGGGUAAAAAAGCCACAAAAUUAGCAAUAAAUGACGUUGAAGUUGUUGGCUCUUCGAUUGCGUGGAGGAACAACAUGAGAAUUGAAAAUGUUGACUUAGAGCAAGUGAAUUUUGAAAAAAUUGAUUCGGCACUGUUAUCAGAAAACGUAAAAAAAUUGCGGAUAGCUAAUGUGGUCCAAAACAUUGACGUAAAGAAUAAAUAUCGGCAAGCCGUGAUACUUAAUGCUUGUAAUGUCAUUGUAGAAAAUUGUGAAGGUAUUUUCUUAAAAAUUGAGAUGUUUGCCAAAGAUGUUCUUCUGAAGAACGUCAAAAACUCCCGAAUAGAAACGUAUGACAACAAAUGCCUCAAACUAGAAAGGUGUAAAAAUGUAAAAGAAGUCAAAGGAGGGAAAGAGUGUGUCCUUUUCCCUGAAGAGAAGAAAAGUUGUAAAGGAGAGGUAUUCACUUUAAACCCAUUUUUAUAUUGA